UUUUUGCUACUAGCAGUCUAGCAUUAUAUAUUCUAAACAAGUUAUGCACUCGAUGCUUGCAUACAACUUUCCAGACAAAUAUAUAUACACACUCAGGUAGAUAUAGCGUGUAAGAUUGGCCGGAAUGGGCACAAGUGUGGAGGAUGUGGUGAUAGUCGGAGGAGGGAUAGCCGGGCUGGGGACAGCGGUGGCGCUGAAGAGAGCUGGAAUAGAAGCGUUGGUGCUGGAGAGAUCGGAAGGGCUGCGAACCACUGGUGCAGCCUUGUCUCUAUUCUCAAACGCCUGGUGUGCUCUUGAUGCCUUGGGGGUUUCUCACAAGCUUGCUUCUUAUACCCCCUCUCUCAAGAAUUAUGUAACUGAUCUUGAUACUGGAGAAGUUCAAGAAGUCUCUCUCACCGAAGCCAAUGGUGAUGCAGUUGGACCGAGAACAGUACAUCGAAAAGCCUUGCUUGAGGCUUUGGCAGAUGAAUUAUCGGUUCAUUCAAUCCGUUUCUCUUCCAAGAUCUCUGCUAUCGAAACCCAACAACAUGAAGGUUCAUCCAUUGCCAUUGUUCACAUGGAAAAUGGAACUGUAAUUAAAGCAAAGGUUCUCAUAGGGUGUGACGGGGUUCACUCAGUGGUGUCACGUUGGUUAGGACUCCGUGAACCAGUCUUUUCAGGUCGAUCAGCUGUUCGUGGCUUGGCUGUUUAUCCUCAAGGCCAUGGACUCGAGCAGAAUGUGCGACGGUAUGUAGGAUCAGGCAGAAACGCUGGCUUCGUUCCCCUCACCGACAAAGAGAUCUAUUGGUUCUUCUCUGGCAUAUCUCCAGCUAAAGGGGCCUCCCUGGCAGAAGAUCCUGAAGAUAUACGAAAAGAAGUACUUGAGAAUUAUGCCAAGGACCUCCCACCUAUAUACUUAGAUGUUGUGCAGCACGCAGAUCUUUCGACAUUAACAUGGGCUCCGUUGAUGUUUAGGUACCCCUGGAACGUAGUAUUUGGAAACUUAAGCAAGCAAAACAUCACGGUCGCUGGCGAUGCCAUGCACCCCAUGACCCCUGAUCUAGCACAGGGGGGUUGCUCAGCAUUAGAAGAUGCAGUGAUCUUAGGCAGGCAUAUCGGGACAUCCUUUGUACAGAAUGGACAAGUACUUGUAGUGAAAAAGAUGAGUGAAGUACUGGGCAAAUACGUAGAAGAAAGAAGGUGGCGUGUCACUUUGUUGAUCACGUGGUCCUAUAUAUCUGGAUGGGUGCAACAGGGAGGAUCUGGAUGGGGUAUGAAAUUCUUGAGAGACACCAUAUUUUACAAGUUCCUUUUCCUUAAGAUGGUAAAAUACGUAACUUAUGAUUGUGGAAAACUCGACUUCUAGCAUGCAUUUCAAUUUAUUGCGGAGAAAUUGACCUCCUCGCAAGCACCUAAAAAAGGUUGAUGAUUCUUCUACUGAAUGUGGCUAAAGAAUAAAGUUGUACGUACCCAGUAUUAAUGUCGUAAUGUAUCAUUACUGUCCUGCUCUGGUGGUUAGUUGAUCAUGUACUCGGUUGUACUCAAUUGUCGUUGAUUUACAUUCAUGAGUAAAAAUUAAUAAGACGGUUGAGAUACUCAUUAUUCUCCACCCUCA